AUGAAUUCAACUUAUUGUCUUUCGUGUCAAACAGGAUUUUACUUAUCAAACAACGUGUGCUACACAAAUAAUAAUUUAAUUGGAAUAUGUACACAACUUUUGUCGACUGGUGGAUGUGUAAAAUGUAAUGACAAUUAUUAUAGAAAUGGUUUGGAUUGUUUCAAAUGUGAUAUAUCAUGUUCAACAUGUAACACCUUUUUGAGGUGUCUGACUUGUAAUUCAACGAAUUACAAAACGUUGACCGGAGACUGUAAAUCACAAAGUAGUAUUAUAGGUUGUGAAAUAAAUGUCACACAAUAUGGUUGCUCGAGAUGUAAAAUGGGUAUUUCCAAGUCACUCCAAUGA